AUCUUAAAAAUUUUAUUAAAAAAAAUUAUUAUGCUUAUGAAUCAAUUACUUAAUUUCAGUAUAAUUUUCAACACACUAUUUGGCCUUAGCACAAGCUUUUGGAUGGCAGUUACCACAAGGUUUUUUCUGGGAAGUUUGAAUGGUUUGCUUGGACCAAUGAAGGCUUAUAGUUCUGAAAUAUUUCGAGAAGAGAACCAAGCCCUAGGACUCUCAACCUUUAGUGCAGCUUGGGGCAUAGGUUUAGUCAUUGGACCAGCAUUGGGAGGCUACCUUGCUCAGCCAGUAGUGAAAUACCCCGAUGUAUUUCCAAAAAACUCAAUUUGGGAUAAGUUCCCAUACUUCUUGCCCUCAUUGAUAAUAUCAAUUUUUUCAUUUGUGGUAUUAAUUCUCUGCAUCUGGCUUCCGGAAACACUCCACAACCACCCUCGGAUCGAGUCUGCCGCCGCCGCCGACGAUGAUGAUUUUUUAGAAACCGGCGGCACCGGGUGUGAUGAUAAAGACAAAAGAAUCCAAAAGGAUGAAAACCUCUUUUUGAACUGGCCUUUAAUGUCAUCAAUAAUUGUUUAUUGUGUGUUCUCCCUCCAUGAUAUGGCUUACCAAGAGGUUUUUUCAUUAUGGGCUGUAAGUCCUAGAAGAUUGGGGGGUUUGAACUUUACAACAGACAAUGUUGGUGAUGUUCUUUCAGUAACAGGUACUGGUCUUAUAAUAUAUCAGCUCUUUGUAUACCCAAAAUUGGAAAAAGCUUUUGGGCCUAUUGGGCUUGCUCGCAUUGCUGGGGUAGUAUCUAUACCUCUGUUACAGAGUUACCCCUUCAUAGCAAUGUUGUCAGGAUUCACACUCUACCUUCUCAUAAAUAUUGCUUCUGUCUCUAAAAACCUUCUGCAGGUGUCCAUUAUAACUGGUAUGUUCCUGCUGCAAAAUAGAGCAGUGGAACAACAUCAAAGAGGGGCAGCUAAUGGCAUUGCCAUGACUGCUAUGUCAAUUUUCAAAACAAUUGGUCCAGCUGGAGGAGGGGCAAUAUUAGCUUGGUCACAAAAAAGGAUGGAUGCUUCUUUUCUACCAGGAGUUCAUAUGUUGUUCUUCAUCCUGAAUAUUGUUAUGGGACUUGGAGUGCUUUUACUAUUUACACCAUUCCUCACCAUAAGGAAGAACACACGCCCACAACUUAAUUAAUUAUGCUAUAUAUCUUAUCAAUUUUAAUUAAUUAAUGCCUUAUUUGAAUUCUAUUAUUGGUCAUUCAUGGUGACUGGGAGAUACUACUAACAAAGCGUUAGUAAUUCUAGUCAUAUCAUUAUUUUAAGGAGUUAAACAUUGAUUAAGAAAUCUUAAAGUUUUAUGUAUAUUGUUACAUUAUUACAUGUUACAUGUUUUAAUUUAUU